AGACAGUUAUCUAUCUUACAUAUAAAUUCUGUAAUAGAAAUCAGUUGAAAAUUGCACUUGCUGUUCUCGUGUGCUUUACGAAAUUUCGUAAAACUAAAUAAAUAAAAAUGGCAGACAAAGCAGUAUCCACCGCCAGCAAGCCCAUGAUGAGGGGCCUCCUCAACGCUCAGAUCAAGCGUAACCUGAUUGUGUCUCUGGUCCUCGCUGGUAUCUCCGCCGUCGCUGUUAAGCAGCUCGUCGGCAAUGAGCGCAAGAGGAAGUACGCUGAAUUCUACAGGACAUACGACGCCGAGAAGGAGUUCGAAGAGAUGAGGAAGAAGGGUCUAUUCCAAUCCUGCUAAACGUGAACAGUUAUAGAGUAGUAUUAAUUUUAUUUCGCUGUGAAAAUGGUUUAACUAUAAAUAAAAUUACUUAAAAAAGUGUA